AUGUUAUAUUAGUCAUGUUUGCUUAGAAACUGUUUAUAGGUGUGAAAUCUUAGUGUACAGUUCACUGAGGCCAUUCUGUAGUCCGUGUAGCAUCAAAAUCCCAGGACGCAGGACGCUCAGUGCGCAUUCCACCACACAAAGGAGCGAGUAUAAAGCCAGGAAAAUUCUGUGAAGAGCAACAGUUCGUAUCCGAUCAUCCUGAGAUUGACAUUGAGAUUGAGCAAGUUGAGUGACUAGUGAGCACAGAAGAUGAGCCUAAGACUCCUCACACUCCUCGUGAUAAUCUGUGUGUUUUGCAUUGCGAUGCACUCCGCCGAGGGCACAUACAGGAAGCCUCCAUUCAACGGGAGCAUCUUCGGGAAGCGGAACAGCAUUGGGGACUACGAUUCUGGAGGCAAGGCCUUGUCCGCGAUGUGCGAGAUAGCGCUGGAGGCGUGCGGAGCGUGGUUUCCGCAGGACAAAAAGUAACUCAACACG